AUGUGGCUCAAUAUUCCAGCAUUUGAUCUCUUGGCUUGCACAUUGAUAUUCACUACUUUGUUGGGCACUAGUAAAGCUGCUGAUUGUCUUUCUAAUGAUCCAAAUGCACCAAAAGUUGCUUAUACCGUUACUGUUAAAAAAUAUGGUGGUUAUGGUAAUUUUACUACAAUUCAAGCUGCCAUCAAUUCCAUUCCCUCACAGAAUAAUCGAUGGGUUCGUAUACUUAUUAGUCCUGGAUUUUAUAGGUAUCAGACACCUAUGAAUGGAAACCCUAUUAUGCAGUCAGUUGCACUUGAAGUAGUUGGUGACAAAUCAUCUUUUCAUAGAUGUAGUUUCUUUGGAUUUCAAGAUACAUUAUGGGAUGUUAAAGGUCGCCAUUACUUUAAAAACUGUUAUAUUGAAGGUGCUGUGGAUUUCAUUUGGGGGAAUGGCCAGUCCAUAUAUGAGGGAUGUAAAAUAUUUGUUCUUCCUUGUUUGGGAGGACUGGUAACAGGAUUUAUUACAGCUCAAGGCCGAAACUUGGCAAAUGAGAACAGUGGAUUUGUGUUUAAAGCUGGUAAAGUAUUUGGAAAUGGUAACGCAGAGGCUUAUCUUGGUAGAGCUUAUGGAGCUUAUUCAAGAGUAAUUUGGUAUGGAACAGAAUUCUCUGAUGUUAUAGUUCCUCAAGGAUGGCAAGCUUGGAACUAUGUCAACCAUGAGCAAAAUUUUCAGUACGUGGAGGCUAAUUGCCAUGGACCAGGCUCAAACUUAUCCAAGCGUGUGACAUGGUUAAACAAACUGACCAAACCAGAAGUUGAUAAAUUUACAGAUAUUUCGUACAUAGACAAAGAAGGAUGGUUGGCCAAUCAACCUUGA